AUGGAGCAUUUUGGUUGUACUUCCUCCGAGACAGAUUUGUUUGUACUUUUGCUGUUAGGCUUGGAGGGACCAGCCAAGCCUCAGUCCCUUUACAACUUCACCAUCAUACAUAAGGCCACACCUGGACAGUCAUGGUGUGAGGCUCAAGGCCAGGUAGAUAAAGAGCCUUUUUGUCAUUUUGACUGUGGGAACAACAAGGUCAUGAACUUGAGUCUCCUUGGAAUGAAAAUGAAUGCCACAGAGCAAUGUGAGAGACAAACACAAACUCUGAGAGACACAGGGGUCAAUCUGAGACAACAAGUACUGGACAUUAAACUGGAUUCUGUCGCCCUGCAGAUAUUCCUCCUGUUUGACCUAGAAACCAUGAAGUGGCCACAGGUUUAUCCUGGUGCCAGACUGAUGAAGGAGGCCUAG